ACCAUAGACAGUGCAACAGUUUCGCUUUCGAAAUCAAUAGGGCAGACACUAGAGCUAAUGUCCAUUUGUCGCAAACAUCAUGUAUCCCGCAAACAGAUCGUAUGUUAUUAUAACUUUAUUGCAAAUCGUUUCAGUUUAUUAUGUCAGACUAAGUAGCCUAAAAGUAGAUGUAUCAACCGUUACUUUAAGAAGGCUACAACGCAUGUCAAAAUGUGAGCGUUGUGAAUGCUAUCGUAGUCUACCCGUUAUUCUACAGAAGCAUCAUGCAGGAGUUCUCGCAAAAUCCGAAUCGCCACUGAGGAGCACGAUCAUGAUGCGGCCGGCAGCCGAAGAGAGAGCGAAAAUGCGGAUGUCUCUGGGAAGAGAAAUGGUCGGAUCGAGAAGGUUGCGCGCUGAGUGGAGGGAGCGAGCGAGUGAAAUGGAGGCGGGGGGAAGUUCCCAUCUCUGCGGGGACUGGAACACCAGCGCCCUGGACCGACAGCGCAGUGCUGGCUAACAUUCAACCCUCCCCUUGUUCCACAACCAGUUCCACACACGCAGCGACAGAUAAAGAAGAUAGUUGAAAAUGAAUGGAGACAUGGACGCCUCCACUAAAGACCAAGUGUGGUCUCAGGAAGAUAUGUUAAAACUCCUGGAUUGCAUGAAAGUGAACCUGCCACAGUUGGACAUCACCAAAUAUAAGACAUCAGAGUCCCACUUGAGUUGGGAGAAGGUGGCAUUCAACUCCUACACUGCAGAGAUGUGCAAGCAGAAAUGGCAGGAAGUCUCUAAAGAGGUACGCAAAUUCCGUACAUUGACGGAGAUAAUAGUAGAUGCACAGGAUUGCAUCAAGAAUCCCUUCAAGGGCAAGAAACUGAAGAAACAUCCCGACUUUCCCAAGAAGCCUUUGACGCCAUACUUCCGUUUCUUUAUGGAAAAGAGGGCGAAGUAUGCAAAGCUACAUCCUGAAAUGAGCAAUCUUGACCUAACAAAGAUUCUCUCCAAGAAAUACAAAGAGUUGCCUGAGCGCAAGAAGGCAAAGUAUGUUCAGGACUUUUUAAAGGACAAGGAAACCUUUGAGCACAGUAUGAAUAAAUUCAGAGAACUACACCCAGAGCUGUUAGAGAGCUUGACGAAGAAAGGUUCCAAUGUCCCCGAGAAGCCCAAGACACCACAGCAGCUGUGGUACAACCAUGAAAAGAAAGCCUUCCUUAAAACGACCCCAAGUGCAACAACCAAAGACAUCAAGGACAGUUUGGGAAAACAGUGGACACAGCUCUCAGACAAGAAGAGACUAAAGUGGAUCGCUAAGUCUCUAGAGCAGCAUAAACUAUAUGAAGAGACAAUGCGAGAUUUCAUCCAGCAGCAUCCGGAGCUUAACAUGACGGAGGAGGACAUUGUGAAGUCCACCCUGACCAAGGCUGAGCGACAGCUAAAGGACAAAUUUGAUGGCCGACCGGAUAAGCCUCCACCGAACGGUUACUCCAUGUUCUGUGCCGAACUGAUGUCCAGCAUGAAGGAUGUGCCUAGCACUGAACGCAUGGUCAUGUGCAGCCAGCGCUGGAAGCUGCUCAAACAAAGCGAGAAGGAUGGUUAUCAGAAGCGCUGUGAACAGAGAAAGAAAGAGUAUGAAGUGGAAAUGAACCGCUUCCUUCUUAGUAUAUCUGAAGAGGAGCAACAGAGAGUUCUGGGAGAGUAUAAGAUGGCAGGCUUUAAAAAGAGUAGCGGGAUCAGCAGUCCGUCCACUAAAAAGAAAACCUCCAAAGCUAAGGCACAGAGUGGCCCAGACAAGCCCAAACGGCCCAUCUCCGCUAUGUUCAUCUUUGCGGAGGAGAAAAGACCUAAGCUCAAGCAUGAAAGGCCUGACCUCUCCGAGAGUGAACUCACCCGGCAUCUUGCUCGCAUGUGGAACGAACUCCCAGAGAAGAAAAAGGAGAAGUACAAGAACCUAGAGGCAACCCUAAAGGCACAGACUGAGGAGAAGGCACAGGAAGAGAAGAGCAAGCUGCCAGAGACCCCCAAGAAUGCUCAGGAGAUUUGGCAGCAGAGUGUCAUUGGUGACUACCUUGCCAAAUAUAAGAAUGAUCGGCCCAAGGCCCAGAAAGCCAUGGAGAGCACCUGGAACACCAUGGAGAAGAAGGAGAAGAUUUUGUGGAUCAAAAAGGCGGCUGAGGACCAGAAGCGAUAUGAGAGAGAGUUAAGCGAAAUGCGAGCCCCACCCCCGGUGAUUGUUCCAGGCAAGAAGAUGAAGUUUGAGGGCGAGCCCAAGAAGCCCCCAUCGAACGGCUAUCAAAAGUUCUCUCAGGAGAUGCUGUCCAACGGUGAGCUCAACCACCUCCCCAUGAAGGAACGCAUGGCUGAGAUUGGGGGCCGUUGGCAGAGGCUCCCACAGAAGGAGAAGGACAGAUACAAGAAGAUUGCCGAGGAGAAGCAGAGGCAGUACAAGGGGCUACUGGAACAGUGGCUAGCGAGUUUGUCCACACAGGAGAGAAACACCUACAAGGAGUAUACCUCUCAGAAAAGAAAGAGCACUGCAAAGCCUGGUGGCACAACUGCAAAAGUGAAGCCUAAGGCAAGGAAGAAGUCGGUUUCAGAGGAAGAGGACGAAGAUGAUGACGAUGAUGAUGAAGAGGAGGAGGAGAAAGAGUCUGAAGAGGACUCAUCCAGUGCAGAGGACAGUGAUGAAGAAGAGGACGACGACGAUGACAAUGAUGAUAACGACAACGACGAUGACGACGAAGAGGCGGACGAUAAAGAGAACAAAUCCGAGAGCAGCAGUGGUAGUUCUCAGGACUCAUCAGGUUCUGGGUCGGACUCUGAGUGAGCCGUGUCGGCUCGCUUCUGACCUUAAAGACUUCAGAGCAGCGCCCAAGCUGAGCCAUGAGUUGCACAGACAGGCUCUCUGUACCUGUCCUGCACUCCUCCAACCACAAGGGGGAGCACUCCCUCUGCACCACGUCCACACGGUGUCAUCCACCUUUGUUGUUCUUCUGUUGCCUUUUUCCCCCCCGGUUGUUCAGUCCACCGUGGCAAAAUCAUUGGGCAAACGUUUUUGAACCGAUGACCCAGACCAGCUUCCACCUCAGCUUUUCAAAUUCCCUUUGGCUUGUCAGGUGGCUUGACAGUGCUAAAUGGGUCCUUGUGGUUUUCUAUAGGAAACUGGCUUCAGUUUUGUGAUUGCGGUUGUAUUUGGAACGCAGUUAUUCACACCCCAAUCUGACGUUCCGUACAUGUCUCAUCCUGAGCCAAAGAAUCUGUCUGUCCACAUGGUUAUGUCAAGAAGUGCAGGGGACCAAAUAAUUGCACUCUAAGAAUGUGCUCUGUUUGUUCAUCUCCACCGCCAUCUUCUUGUUUUUUUUCUUUGUAGCUGCUCCGUUACCUCCGGUCCAUUUCUCGUUUCCAGUGAUUGAUUGUUUGUUGUUCAAAAACUGUUUGGUUCAUGAUGAUGUGGUGUCUUCAGGAAAAUUGAAGCCAUUUUGAAUGUUCCCCCAGUGAAAGGACACAGUUACCGGACUGCUUUUGCAGUUUAUUUAUAAGGCACCUGUCCUUGGUCUGGUUUGUAUGGACCAUGAAUCUGUCCUGUGUAGGGACACCCUCGCGUUCAAGAGGAGAUCUGGUUAUUUUUCUGUAGAAAGCAAAGGUUUGACCACCGGCAGGCUAAAUAGCCAUUCCAAUGGCCUCAGAAAUGGUAGAAAUGGAUUAAAGCAAUGUUCAGUUUUGGUAUUAAUGUAACUAUGAUCUCAGUGAUCAGUGACUUCUAUGAGGCUUCUUUCUUGACUUGGGGUAUAUAUAUGUGUAUAUUUAUAUAUACAUACAUAUAUAGUUUUUAUUUUUUGGCUAGCUGAUGCACAUUUGUUCUCUUCCAUCCAACCACUGUUUUGUUUUUAUCUGAUACUGCUUACUUGGUUAUAUUCUUUUAAUAUUUUUGAGCUGAGCUGUUUGUUUUUAAAAGUGACUGACACAUUGGAGUCCCCCUCCCCUCAUCUAAAUACUGUGCACUUAAUAUUGAAUCUAAAAGAUUCGCCUUGCCCACUGUCACCGCAUUUAGGUACAACAUAAACACACCAAACUCCAUGUCCAACUCCAUGUCUGGUCAAGGAAACGAGUCUUGUACGAUUCAUGAAUGUAGAUGGAUGCUUCACCUUAAAAAAAACCUUGUCCAUACAGUGGAAAGAUAGUUUGGUAGUGUUGGAGUGUUUGAGUUGGAAUAGCCUCUCAGAUUAUAGCCAGGUGUUUUCACAAGAUGACGUUCUCCUAUUCCUAGCCAUCAUGCUUUUCCCAGAAAAAAAAGAGCACAUAGCUGUCCAGGGGGAAUGAGGGUCAUUACUAUUUUCAGGGUGAUGGAACAAAGUCACCAGGCUUACUUGAUCUUACAGAGGAUGUUUGGUUUAAAUGCUGUUGUAAGGUAUUUGUAAAUAUUGCUUUUUUGUAUUUUGAGUAAAUAUAGUUUAAUUUGUCCUUUUAUUUAGCGACGCCUGCCUAAAGGCACUGGCUGUGGCCAACAAGUCUGUGUGUGUUUGUUGCGUUGAGGGGGGAGGAAACACUUUUGAUUUUAUGUUUUUAGUUUUUAAAGAUCUCCCCAUGUUUGUUUAUUUGUAGGAUUUACUUAAAAAGAGGACAAAAUGGCUUUACAAAUUUGUACGGCUGAUUUGAAACAUUUGGAUGUUUUGUAUAGCAGGAGGUGUUCUGUCCCCGCGAUUUACCAUUUGGGAAAUAAAUUUUGUCUUUGACAGUGAA